CACCAUUUCAUUCCGUUUGUGACGCUCGGCCGGUUGCGUGCCCCUGUGUCACGCGCCCCGGUGUCUGUAUUCGCAGCGAACGUUCGCGUCGAGCUUCGUUCAUUCCAUUCGAAGCGUUCACUUCCUGUGCUCGCGGUUUAGUUCCCGGAACGUAGUUCGGUUUCUUGUGAACAAUAAAGGUAUUCACGUGAGAACAUUUUGUGCAGCCGGCGCUCUCCUACAGAGUGUUGCUCCCGAGUGGAUCAACAAAACAUCAACUUUUAUACGUAUACAAGUGGUGGCCGACAUCGGGAUGAGUGGCGAGGCGCUGCGAUUGGCGCCACUGGCGAUUUUAUUGCUGCAGGCAACAUCUGUACUUUGUCGGAUCGCAUUCGAAAAGUUAACAGAUGUGGAUUUCAGCGGCACGGCGUACUACACGGUGCGCAACCUGUCGCUCUACGAGUGUCAGGGUUGGUGCCGAGAGGAGCCCGACUGUCAGGCGGCGUCGUUCAGUUUCGUGCUCAAUCCGCUGACACCGGUGCAAGAAACCCGUUGCUUACUGCAGAAUGACACACAAGCCAACAAUCCUAUGGCUACUCCACAGCGUUCAGUGAAUACUUAUUACAUGGUGAAGUUGCAAGUCAGAUCCGAGAGCGUGUGUUUACGCCCGUGGGCUUUCGAGAGGGUACCUGGAAAAGCGCUCCGAGGCUUGGACAACGCCAUUAUUUAUACAUCUACUAAAGAAGCUUGUUUAGCUGCUUGUCUUAACGAGAAAAAGUUCCCUUGUCGCUCGGCAGAGUAUGAAUAUGGAAGUAUGAGAUGUGCUCUCAGCGACUCGGACAGACGGACGGCCCAACAUUUUGUGCAACUCGUCGACACCCCCGGGACCGAUUACUUUGAGAACCUGUGCCUGAAGGCGGGGCAGGCGUGCAAGGGGCAGCGCGUGUUCACCGCGCCGCGCGUCGGCGUCGCUGAGGACAAGGUGGCGCAGUACGCCGGCCUCCACUACUACACUGACAAGGAGUUGCAGGUGACGUCGGAAGCCGCCUGUCGCCUCGCAUGCGAAAUAGAAUCCGAGUUCCUGUGCCGCUCGUUCCUGUACCUCGGCGCGCCGCACUCCUCCACGUACAAUUGCAGGCUUUAUCACCUCGAUCACCACACGCUUCCUGACGGACCAUCCGCUUAUCUCAACGCCGAGAGGCCCUUAAUAGACGACGGCGAGCCCAUCGGCAAAUACUUCGAGAACUUCUGCGAGAAACCACCAAGCAACGCAAACCCGGCCGGAGAAUUGCCUGUUUCGAUUGAGCACCAACAAGACACACAGGUAUCUAGCAACUUGACAAGGAAUGACGCUAACUGUGACAAGACGGGAACUUGCUACGAUGUGUCGGUGUUAUGCAAAGAUACUAGAAUCGCGGUGCAGGUUCGCACGAACAAACCAUUUAACGGACGUAUUUACGCGUUGGGACGUUCGGAGACUUGCAAUAUUGAUGUAGUCAACAGCGACCUCUUCCGUUUGGACCUCACCAUGGCUGGACAGGACUGCAACACUCAGAGCGUCACUGGCGUCUACUCUAACACCGUUGUAUUGCAACAUCACAGCGUGGUUAUGACUAAAGCUGACAAAAUCUACAAAGUCAAGUGCACAUAUGACAUGAGCUCGAAGAAUAUCACAUUCGGAAUGGUACCAAUCAGAGACCCGGAAAUGAUUUCCAUCACAGCGUCUCCAGAGGCUCCUGCGCCGCGCAUCCGUAUCCUGGACGCCCGCCAGCGCGAGGUCGAAACCGUCCGUAUUGGAGACAGGCUUACCUUCCGUAUCGAGAUUCCCGAAGACACUCCGUAUGGUAUCUUCGCUCGCAGCUGCGUUGCUAUGGCUAAGGACUCUAAGAGCACAUUCCCGAUCAUUGAUGACGAAGGGUGCCCGAUGGAUCCUUCGAUAUUCCCUGCGUUCACGCCCGACGGCAACGCGCUUCAGUCCGUGUACGAAGCUUUCAGAUUCACCGAGUCGUACGGCGUCAUCUUCCAGUGCAAUGUCAAGUACUGUCUGGGACACUGCGAGCCGGCCGUGUGCGAAUGGGGCAGAGAUUCAUUGGAGUCAUGGGGCAGAAAGAAGCGUUCGUUGCCGCACAAUGAGACCGAGUCCCCGGCCCAGGAGGAAGAUAUGAACAUCUCGCAGGAAAUUCUCGUCUUGGACUUCGGAGAUGAAAGACAGAGCACUGACUUCCUGAGAUCCGACAAACCUGGCGGUGUGGCUUCCGAGGCUAACUACGGAGAGAAAACAGUGACCAUCGUGGAGCCGUGCCCCAGCAAGGCGUCCGUUUUGCUGUUGGGCGUGGCGUGUGCACUCCUGGUGCUGCUCUACAUCACCACCAUAUUCUGCUACUACAUGCGCAAGUGGCUAACUCCGCCUAAGCACAUGUCGUAAAUUGCUUUCGUAUAAUUGUUAUUUUAUAGGUUUCGCCACACAAUAAGUUUAUUCCAGUUCUUGGCUUGUAUUAAACUUGUGAUAGAAACGACUGAUGACAAAACCUUGGCUAGUUUGUGAAACGAUAUUCCCGUAACACAAUGAACGUACCGUCUCAACAUAGCAAGUAAUUAAUCGUGGUGUAAGAUUUGGGAAAUAUUUUAAUGUUCUGUUUUUGGAAUGAUUGAUGUAACCACCGCGUGAUUUGCAUUAAAGCUAGACGUAAUUUAUUGCAUUUAUAAGCAUUUAUUAUAUUUAAGUAGGCUAAUAUAUACGUAUGUAUAAGUGAAUAGGUAGGUACGCGACAUACCGAUGUAAACGCCUGGGCUUGACGAGUUUUUUUACGCCAGCCUGGUAUCAAAAUGAGUACUUAUUAAUGAGGUCGAUGAUAUUCAAGACAAUGCAUUUAUUAAUCUAAGUAUUUUUUAUUCGUUUUUGUACAAUUUUUAAGUACAUGUAAUGUAGGUAUUAAAAAUAUAUCGUUUGGAAUAAUCCCUAAAAACCGCUAGACUAAGUUUUUUUUAGUUUUAGGGGAUUAUUUUGAACACAAAUUGGUAUAGUUAGGUUUUAUAUAUUUUUUUAACAUGACAGUAGUCGGCAAUUCCAUAAUAUUUUGCUUCGUUUAUAUUUCUUGGUGAGAAUUAUAUCAUUUUCAUUCUGUGAACUCUUGAUACUUAAAAUAAUUGUAAAUAUAUCGUUUUUGAGCUAAACAAUGAGAUUGUCUUGUGAACUUUCAGUUGGGUUUUGUAGAAAUGUAUAUAGGACUGUAUCAUUGUACCUCCUUAGUAUUUUGUCAGAUGCCAUAUAUACUUGUUUCUCUCAACCCAACUUGAGAUUUCUUCUUAUUUAUUUAGACUAAAUCUAUUUAUUUUUUCAUUGUAUUAUUAUAACAAAUGAAAUAAAAUUGUACAAAUUU